CUCGAUCCUUCGUCGUGAAAACAAUGUAAUUUUUAUAAUAGUUUCAUAACGUGGAAAUUAAAACUUCCUAGGCAAAUUGAAUUUAAUUUGCAACGUCAACUUUUUCAGAGAUGGCACCUAAGGAGGUAGCGAUGAGGAUGCUUAGUGCAAGCCGUUAUUGCUUUCUUGGCCUGAGCAGGGACCGUACAUUCUAAAUUUAGCGCGACACAUGCUUCGUGUCGCGUGACUUUCUAGCAAGCCACUGUAAACACACGUGACGUCAGAAAUACGGCGAGGCACGUGAGGCCCAAACAUGAGAAUAUUCACUGUUUUACGCACACUUUAUGGAUUUCUGCAACUUUUAGCGGGCUUUAGUACAUAUAUUAUGUCACUUUUUAGUUUCAUUUCGUGGGCUUACUACAUAACUUCAGAUGGACGCCGAUGAUUCUUCGCUUACGGAAGAAAUUACUACCGGUGAAUUGGCAAGAUUUGGCUCGGACGAUUCGUCAAAUCCGUUGCUAAAGUUCAUGACAACUCCUGAUGAAUACGAACAGGCAUUGAGGCGACAAAAGACACCCAGGGAUCCAAUGUCUCACCGAAUCAUUGAAAAGCGGCGAAGAGACCGCAUGAAUAAUUGCUUGGCAGAUUUGAGUCGUCUUAUUCCAACAUCAUACUUAAAGCAGGGACAAGGACGUAUUGAAAAGACAGAGAUAAUUGAGAUGGCUAUUAAGCAUAUUAAAAUUCUUCAGUCCCAAGUUGACAGUAAAGCAGAUUGCAAAUCUUCAAAGAGACCUGGAGCUGCUACUUCUGAUGAAAGAGAAGGAAAAAUAUCAGAGCAUUCUUGUUGCAAGAAGCAAUUUUUCCUUGGAUUUCAAGAGUGUCAAGAUAAAGUGAUGCAGUUUUUGAUGGAAGGGGAGGCCAUGUCUUCAUCUGAUCCAUUGUGUCUGAGGAUGAUAAGCCACUUGAAUACUGCUGGAAAACAGCUUGAGGUCUUAUACAAAGAAGAUCAUACUGUGGAGGCUGAGGGACAGCUUAAUGCAUCAUCUUAUUAUUCUAGCGCUGCACACAGUGCAAUGACCAUAGAUCCUCUCUUGCCUUUGCCAGCAAAUCCAGCAACAGCAGGAAUAAUAGCUCAUGCUAACUCUGUACGGGACAAACAUCUCCGCAAUCUGCUUUCGUCACGAGGUCUUCAGCAGACUGAAGCAGACAAAGAGUUCACACCUCAGGCACAGAAUGCUACUCCAGGAAGUAGCUUGUGUUGUGAUGAAAUGAAGAUACUUGAAACAGCUCUCUCACCAGUUCCUGGUUUGACUAGGCCUUCCUCAGGUAUUGAUGAAAUCUUUAGUGGAGGAGUCGUCAGCAGUGAAAACAGUCUAAUUGGUGGGGUUAGUAGCGGAUAUGUGUCGGAUGUCUCCUGUUUAGAGAAACAUCAAAAUGUUUUAGAUCAUUCAGGUGUUGCAGCUCAUAUAUCUUGCAAAGAAAAUGCGAUAAAUAUCUACAAAUUUAAACAUAGCAUCACAAAACGGUUUUCGCAAGAAGGGAAAGUAAUUCCACAGCAUACAUAUGAUGGUUCAUCAAGUACCAGCUCAAGAGAGUGUGAAGAAGAACACAGUGGAAAUAAAUCACUAAAGCAUAGAUAUGCUAGGGGAAAAUCCAGACAUACAUCAAGUUCAGAUUCUGGACCAUACCCAUCAUCCGACCACAGUUAUGGCCAUGAAAGAAGCAAAUGCUUAAAUGGCGAUACUAGGACUUGUGUAGCAGAAAGCUCUGGUAAGUCUGAUUUAGAUGAAAAAAAUGACAGAUGUAAAACCAGAUUUUGCAAAGAGUCCAACAGUUCUGUCACCUGCAAUCUUAUAGGCCGCAAGUUGGGACAUUGCUCAAGAUCUGCAUUGCCUCUACCAGGUUUUGUUUUACAUCCAAGUGGGACUCAUUAUAUGCCCAUGUCUGUCUGUUACAAAAAUAUUCCAGAAAUUUUUGAAACUACAGAGACACUACAAGGACCACCAGUAUUUCAUCCAAUAAGCAUCCCUGUGCAUUUCCGAGGACCGGUAAUUUCAUUGCCUGUAAAUGUUUGCACUGACAAUUGCUCUGAGGACAGAGUGGAGUGCUCAAACAUUUCUUCAUAUACUGAUGUUGAGCACAGUGAAGUCAAGGAUAUAAACUGUACAAGAAAGUGACCGUUCAUGGAAAAAACAAAAUUUUCAGACACUGAACACUUCAUGUUGUACUUUUAUUUUUUAAAGAAAGCUAAGUGAUAAGGUAGAUGAAGAAAUAAACAUCCAUGUGCACACUAUUUGAUGUGAAUUUCCAGGCCAUUAUGUUAAAAGAAAAUGAUUGAUCACACAAAACACUUAUCAAUAAACUCGUUACAGACUGUAA